AUGGCUUACUUUUUGUGUCGCCGAGUUGGCCAUCCAUUGAAGCAUCUCAGCCUCCCACAACGCUACAGGUCGCAACAACAGUAUCGUGCGGUAUCGGCAAUCAAUAAAAUAAACACCCCCAACCAUAAACCUAUUCCAUCUCAGAUUCUUCGGUAUGCGUUGACGGGAACGACAAAACCGUUGCGACAAGAUGUGUCAAAGCAGGACUUGGGCGACCAUUUGAACGAUGUGUUCUCAGGCGAAUGGCCCCUGACUACUCUACCUCCACUCCGCCCAAAAGCCGCCCGCACCACUGAUAGGGACGUGUUUUUCAAAGGUCUCAAGCGUGAUGUGCGGAAUCUUCGUCAUCUACAGAUCUUCAUAGAAAGACACAUCAAUGGAUAUGGGCCUUGCGUAUUACUGCAGGCAGAACAUUGUAAAUUUCUGCGGCAGGCGCUGGAGCGUUGUCAACGACACCACUCGGCUGCGGAGAUCCUUGUCGCUAUCAAUGCACUCAUUUCAAGACUACAGAGACUGCAGGCGCCUGUACAUAGGAAGUUACACAUGCUGGGGAUUUACUACGCAUGCCUUUCUUAUUCUACAGCUGCCCUCGAACGACAUCUGAGAGAUUUACUUGCUAUCAGCCCUAAGCGGUUGGGCCUGGGCUCGAGUGUCGCCCUGGUGGAUGCGCUUUCCAUGUCCAUCCGAUCCUUCGAGCUUCAAGGAGAUCAUCCAGAUACCGGUUCUAUGCUCAAACAAGUGACUGGCGAAUCCGCUGUCGAUGAUGCCUUAGAAGUCGCUUUGCACCCUAUAUUGUUCUGGGCUGGACCUGGAAAACUGACGGACUUUAUUGAACGGUAUUUUAGAGUGCUCGUCAAGCUAAAGAGCCGUAAAUUGCUCCAUAGUGUAUGGGGCCGUGUUCUGGGGCAUUUGUCUGCCAAAUCAGCCGAUCACGAUUUCCACAUUGCCUAUUCCUGUAUAAUGGCUCUGAUUGUGGAAGGAGAUGUCACGAGGGCCACCACGUAUCUGGAAGAAAUCUCAAAGCGCGCUGAUAACGCCCUUCCUUAUAUAUCACAGUUCAAAAAUCUGAGUGUACUUCUCGCUAAUCAAGAAGUUUGCGAGUUGCUAUCUCGUCUCUCUGGCGAGGAUGAAUACCUCAAGAUACUCGAAGUCCAACUCAAACACAUGGAGAAGAGGCUAGGGAUCAACUGGCUGCCCAAAAAAUCUCUCCACACUUCUAUAUCUGACCUCAGUUAUACUGCGACCGGACACCCACUUCUUACGAUGGAUGGAGACAGUACUGGAUACGAAAGCAGAGAACGUUUGAUUGCCGAAAUGCACGCUUUAGGUUGUUCUGGAUCGCUUUCAGACCUCACCAGACUUGCCAAUUGCUUAGACGAGUAUGGAGGUGAACAGAUCCCGGUUAUUCAAUCAUCCACUAAAAAUACACCGCUAGAGCUCGCCUGGGUACCCCAACGCUGCCCGGUCGAUGUUCUAGACUCUUCUGAAGUGAGAUCUGGGGAACGCACGACGAACUCACCUUCCUCUCUAGGUUUGCUCCGGCUCGACCCUGAAAAUGCCGAGUUGUCACCAACAGAUACUCGCUCACUGCACCUGAUGCAGCUGGGAUAUCUGAUCAUAAAGCUCAAAGCACCCAGUUCGGAGCACGAAUGGAGAGAAUCGGGCCAUAUAGUAGCUCUGGACCGCACUUCAGGCCAGCUCUUCGCAGUCUUUGUCGGGAAGGCUCAGGGCCGAAUAAGCCCGGGCAUCCAGUCGCAUAUGCCUCGAAUACCAGUCAAUCUCAAUUCGAUAGUGAAAAUCCAACUGCGAAGCCAUAUGAACGGAACUCAUCAUAGGGACAAUCACUCGCCGCUGGCAUUGAAUAUCACCAAAUGCUAUCUUGAUGUGGAUCCAUGUAAAGAUUUGGUGAUUUGA